UGCGCAAACCAGCUCAGGCCUGCGGGCCCGUGGGUCAGUGCUCCUCGGUGUCGUGCGGGCCGCGGUCAAGGCCAUGGCUCUGCGACAGGCGCUGGGCCGGGGCUUGCAGCUCGGCCGGGCGCUGCUGCUGCGCUUCUCGGCCAAGCCGGGCCCGCCGGGAGGCCUAGGGCGGGCGGAGCGGCCCGGGCCGGGCUGGGGCCUCAGGGCCCGAGGGGCGGCGGAGCCGGCUCCGGGGCCGGGGCCGGGGCUGGGGCUGGGCCUUCCCAGCAGCCGUUACCGCUUUUUCCGGGAGUCGGUGGCCGGGCUGGCGGCCCGCCUGCAGCGUCAGCUGGUGCUGCGGGCCCGGGGCGCCGGGCCCCCCUGCGGCCGCGCAGUCUUCUUGGCCUUUGGCCUGGGGCUUGGGCUCCUGGAGGAGAAGCAGGCAGAGGGUCAGCGGGCGGCCUCGGCCUGCCGGGACAUCCAGGAAAUUUUUACCCAGAAAAAUAAACUUCUUCCUGACCCCCUGGCAAGUAGGCGUUGGCAGGGCUUCCGGCUGGAGGAAUACCUCAUAGGACAGUCCAUUGGCAAGGGGUGCAGUGCUGCAGUUUAUGAAGCCACCAUGCCCACCUGGCCCCAGAAGCCAGAAGGCCCCAGGGACAGGCUUCUUCUGGGACAGGAUCCAGCCAUUGCCCCUCGGGCAGAAAGCAAGCAGAGUGCUCAGCACAUGGCCACAGCCUUUCCCCUGGCCAUCAAGAUGAUGUGGAACAUCUCAGCAGGUUCCUCCAGUGAAGCCAUCCUCAGCACCAUGAGCCAGGAACUGGUUCCAGCCAGCCGCUUGGCCCUGUCUGGGGAGUAUGGGGCCACCAUUUCCAGAAAACACGAGAGAGGUUCCAAGCAGCUGGCCCCACACCCCAACAUCAUCCGGGUACUCCGGGCCUUCACCUCAUCUGUGCCCCUCCUGCCUGGGGCCCUGGUGGACUACCCUGAUGUCCUGCCUCCAAAGCUCUGCCCCUCAGGCCUGGGUCAUGGACGAACGCUGUUCCUUGUUAUGAAGAACUACCCCUGGACCCUGCGCCAGUACCUGCAGCUGCACCCUCCAAGCCCCCGCCUUGCCACCAUGAUGACCCUGCAGCUGUUAGAAGGGGUGGAUCACCUGGUUCAGCAGGGCAUCGCACACAGGGACUUAAAGUCAGACAACAUCCUGGUGGAGUUUGACUCAGCUGGCUGCCCCUGGCUGGUAAUAACAGAUUUCGGUUGCUGUCUGGCUGAUGAGAGCAUUGGCCUACAAUUGCCUUUCACCAGCUGGUACGUGGACCGGGGAGGAAAUAGCUGCUUGAUGGCUCCUGAGGUGUCAACAGCCUGUCCUGGUCCUGGAGUGGUGAUUGACUACAGCAAAGCUGAUGCCUGGGCAGUGGGAGCAAUUGCCUAUGAGAUCUUUGGACUCCCCAAUCCCUUCUAUGGACAUGGCAGGACCCAGCUGGAAAGCCGCAGUUACCGUGAGUCUCAGCUUCCUUCACUGCCAGAGAACAUGCCCGUGGACGCGAGGCAGCUGGUAAAGGCGCUGCUCCAGCGAGAUGCCAGCAAGAGACCAUCUGCCCGAGUAGCAGCAAAUGUGCUUCACUUGAGCCUCUGGGGUGAAAGCAUUUUAGCCAUGAAGAGUCUGAAAUCAGACAAGAUGAUUGGCUGGCUCCUUCACCAAUCAGCUGCCACUCUGCUGACUGAUCGGUUGAUAGAGGGGAACAGCGUAGAAACCAAAAUGAAGAUGUGCUUCUUGGCUAACCUGGAGUACGAAGCCCUCUGUCAGGCUGCAUUCCUUCUCUGUUCCUGGAGGGCAGCCCCUUGAUGCUCCCAUGUCACCCAAGUUUACUAAAAGCACUUAGCAGCA